CUAAAUAAACAUAAUUAUAUAUAAUAAUUAAAAAAAUAAAAAUAAAAAUUAAGACAAAAUUAACAAUACACCACAUGUUAUAAUUUUAAUCUUUAAAAUAGUAUAUGUUCAAAGUCCAUGCUUAACACUAUACACUGAUCAAAUUGAAACACUUUGGGAGAAAAAAAAAAAAAAAAAAACCGAAAUAUUGAAUACUAGCACCAAUAAAAAAUUUAUUUUUUUUAUUUUUAAAAAAAAUAAAAAAAUAUUGUAGCAAAAAGGCCUACAAAAAGAGCCAAUUCUCCAUCCAAAAAAGUUGGCAAAAGGCAGCAUAAUUCCUGCAAACUUAAAAAAGAUGCCCGUCUUAUACUUUCCACUUUCUAGUAGCACGUGCAUGAUGAUAACAUAAAGGUUGCCUAACUUACUAACCCCAAAUUUAAUUUAAAGUAGCACGCUACAUUCCUCUAUCUACUUCCUUUAUCCACCUUGUGUUCCAAGACAAAAUCAUGCUUGUCAAAAAAAAAAAAAAAAAAAAGUUGGGAUUCUCUUCAUCUAAAAUCUGAUUUUCAGAAGGUCUGAUCUGAAUUAUUAUUAUCUUAUCUAAUUAAUAAUUUGACUAAAUUUUAACCGCAUUUCAAUACUAAUCUAUAAAGAAAAACAUUAUCAAAAUAGAUCUUGUUAGAUUUGUCUCAUCAUGAACUCUUCAAAUAUGUAAUUUUCAUAAUUUUUUUUGCAAUACGUAAUUAACGAUAUUUAGCAAUAAGUAAAUGAUGAUUAAAAGUUUUGAUCUUGUCUAAGGUUUCUGGUCUGGCCUAAUAUGAUCUGAAUAUAUUAAGAAAUAAGUAAUAAGUCCUAAAAUAAGUUGAAGAGAACAUCUCCUCCAAUAACAAGGUUGUUUAAAUCUCAAAAAGAAAGGUAAAAACUCAUUGUUUGUAUAAAAACUUUUUUUUUUUGAAAUAAAUAAAUAUAAAAACACCCCAAAAAGAACCUAUCAAUUUAAGCCCAAGUCCUCCACUAUUAUCCUUUACCACCUCCCUUUCUCUACCACACAUCUUUAUUUCUUUCUUUUUAAACACACCCUUCCCUCCUACCCCCAAAAAAUACUAAAAAAUCUAUGUCCAGAAAAACCCCAAAACUCUCCUACCAUGAUAGUCCCCACCACCACCACCGCAACAACCGCCGUGAUCACCACCGCAACCGCAACCACCACCAACAACACAAUGAUUCCACAAAAAAUGAACAACAACUUAUACCUGGUCUUCCAGAUCAUAUUGCACAAUUAAUCCUCUCUAUAAUCCCACCUUCAUUACUUUAUACAAUUUCCCAUUCAUGGCGUAGUUUCAUCUACUCCUCUCUUUACCCUCCUUUUUACUCUCUUUACACUCUUUUGAUCCCCAAUAUUACCAUCAAUUCUUCUCCUUCAAAUCCUCAACAAUUUCUUACUCCUAUUUCUUUCUUUGCUUUUGAUCCCAUUUGUUUUAAAUGGGAGCCUCUCCCAGCCCCACCACCUUUGUCUCUUCUCCUUCGGCACCCGCCUUUCAUCUCCCGCGACCUUCCGGUCCAGUCUGUUACGGUUGGUAACAGACUGGCUGUGGUCGCGGGGACUACAGAGCACCUUGCUCCCGCCUUGUCACGGCCCCUGGUGUUUGACCCCAUCUCGAGGGACUGGCGGUAUGGUCCGCCUGUACCAGUGCCCCGCAGGUGGUGUGCUACUGGGGCACUUGGUACGUCCCUUUAUAUGGCGAGUGGGGUCGGUCCUCAUUUCUCCACGGAUACCGCCCGAUCCGUGGAGCGGUGGGACUUAUCCAGGGGCCUUGACAAGUGGGAGAAGGCCAGCUCCCUCCGGGACGGGCGGUUCUCCCGGGAGGCGACCGAUGCUGUUGGCUGGCGCGGUCGCCUCUGCAUGGUCAACGUCAAAGGUGACACUGCCAAGCAGGGAGCUAUCUACAGCGCAGAAAAAGACCUAUGGGGUGACAUGAAGGAAGGUAUGUUAGGCGGGUGGCGGGGCCCAGUGGCCGCAAUGGACGAAGAAAUGAUCUACGUGGUGGAUGAAUCCAAAGGGGUUGUGAGGAAGUACAAGGAGGAGACAGAUGGGUGGGUGGAUGUGGUAGAGAGUGAUAGGCUGCGAGGGGCGCUGCAGAUGGCGGCUCGAGGCGGGCGGCUUUGCGUAGUUUGUAAAGGUGGGAGUGAGAUAGUUGUGGUGGAUGUGGUGGCAUCGCCGCCGCAAAUGUGGGUGGUUGAGCCACCACAAGGGUUCAAUGUUGGUGCGGUUCAUGUUUUGCCAAGAAUGAGUAGGACCUAAUCAAGUUUGAACUUUCUUUAACGUCCUACACCAUACAUAAAAUAGUGGUAGUUUAUAUCAAAUUAAAGAUCUUAAAAGAUGUAUUCUAUUUAUUUAAUUUUUUGGUUGUAAGAAAAUCUUGGAUUUUUAAUGAAAGUAUGAGAAAGAUUUUGUAUGUUAUGGUAAGAAAUACUGUAUGAAAGAUUUGAUGACAAAGUCAAAUGAAAACUUUUUAGUUCAUGUAAAAA